CCUGCUCUCUUGCCGGUUGCUGGAGGUUCUGGCUGGAGACACCCACUCUCGCUUUGCUGCGCUGGGACACCCAGCGAUCCUCCGCUACCCGCCAGAGCCAGCCUUCUCCGCCUGGCACUCCUUCCCAGCGCACUCCCUUGCACAGACACUCAAGGGGGUGUGCCAGUAAGUGAUGGAGCUGGCUGCCUUGAACCUCAGCGAGGGGAACGGGAGUGAUCCAGAGCCUCCCGCCGCCGCCGCCGUGGAGUCCAGGCUGCUGUUUGGCAUCGGCGUGGAGAACUUCAUCACGUUGGUGGUGUUCGGCCUGAUCUUCGCGAUGGGCGUGCUGGGGAACAGCCUGGUGAUCACUGUGCUGGCGCGCAGCAAGCCCGGCAAGCCGCGCAGCACCACCAACUUGUUCAUCCUCAACCUGAGCAUCGCAGACCUGGCCUACCUGCUAUUUUGCAUCCCCUUCCAGGCCACCGUGUACGCACUGCCCACCUGGGUGCUGGGCGCCUUCAUCUGCAAGUUCAUACACUACUUCUUCACCGUGUCCAUGCUCGUAAGCAUUUUCACCUUGGCCGCGAUGUCUGUGGACCGUUACGUGGCCAUUGUGCACUCACGGCGCUCCUCCUCCCUCAGGGUGUCCCGCAACGCGCUGCUGGGCGUGGGCUUCAUCUGGGCGCUGUCCAUCGCCAUGGCCUCGCCAGUGGCCUACCACCAGCGCCUCUACCAUCGGGACAGCAACCAAACCUUCUGCUGGGAGCUUUGGCCCAACCAGCUCCACAAGAAGGCUUACGUGGUGUGCACUUUUGUCUUUGGGUACCUCCUGCCCUUACUGCUCAUCUGCUUUUGCUAUGCCAAGGUCCUUAACCAUCUGCACAAAAAGUUGAAGAACAUGUCAAAAAAGUCAGAAGCAUCCAAGAAAAAGACCGCACAGACCGUCCUGGUGGUGGUUGUGGUUUUCGGCAUAUCCUGGCUGCCCCAUCAUGUCGUCCACCUCUGGGCUGAGUUCGGAGCCUUCCCACUGACUCAAGCUUCCUUCUUCUUCAGGAUCACCGCGCACUGCCUGGCAUACAGCAAUUCCUCGGUGAACCCCAUCAUAUAUGCCUUCCUCUCAGAAAACUUCCGGAAGGCGUACAAGCAAGUGUUCAAGUGUCACAUCCACAACGAGUCGCUCCCCAGUGAUACUAAGGAAAACAGGAGCCGAAUAGACACCCCGCCGUCCACCAACUGCACCCAUGUGUGA